AUAAACUAACAUGCUUCUUUAAAAUAAAUGAAUUAAAGCUACAAUUACUUAAUAGAUGUCUGAUUUCUCAGUAAGGCACUGGUAUGUAACCAUUUCUUCUGUAUCACAUCCCCCCAAACUUACUUUGAAAAAUGUCUCCAACCAACCAGAGGCCGCCUUUGCUUUAUGCAGGAUGUUUAUGUUUGGAGGUAUAGGUUCUCAGUUCCCUCCUUUUAACCCCCUCAGUGCACACACACACACCAACACACACACUUUCACUCUUUCUCAUUUACCUCCAUUUAAUACCCACGCCUGACAAGUGACAAAGCAAAGCGCGGCUUUUGAAAUGAUUACAAAGCUAGACAGGGCACUGUUACCCAAAAAAAAGUUCAUCUAUCAUUACAAAAACAUGCGCUGGGCAAGAGGUCGGUGUGAGACAUAUCUCUGCUUUGUGGUGAAGAGGCGAGUGGGCCCAGACUCCAUAUCCUUUGACUUUGGACAUCUCCGCAACCGCAAUGGCUGCCAUGUGGAGGUGUUGUUUCUACGCUACCUGGGAACUUUGUGCCCCGGCCUGUGGGGUUAUGGAGUCACCGGUGAGAAAAAAGUCAGCUACUCCAUCACCUGGUUUUGCUCCUGGUCUCCCUGUGCAAACUGCUCCUUCCGACUCGCUCAGUUCCUCAACCAGACCCCAAACCUGCGCCUCAGAAUCUUUGUGUCCCGGCUUUAUUUCUGCGACUUGGAGGACAGCCGUGAAAGAGAGGGUUUGAGAACACUGAAAAAAGCUGGCGUGCACAUCACAGUCAUGAGUUACAAAGAUUACUUCUAUUGCUGGCAGACCUUUGUUGCCCGGAAUCAAAGCAAGUUCAAGGCUUGGGAUGGGCUGCAUCAAAACUACAUCCGCCUAUCAAGGAAACUCAACCGCAUUCUUCAGCCCUGUGAGACAGAAGAUUUAAGAGAUGCCUUCAGGCUUCUUGGACUGUAAAGUAUUUCCCUGAGCCCCUCUGGUACUUUCAGAACCUAAGAAUUAGACGUCAGUGUUGGUCUAUCACUACAGAAAACUGCAAAACUGAGAACUGAAAAAAACUGAGAAAAAAAAAUGCUUUAACGAUGUAGCAAGGCUGAUGUCGGGUAGCUUCUGCUUGCUUUUUCUAUGGCUAAAUGAAAAUGUAAAAAUAAAAUAAUA